ACACCGGUAUAAAUAUGACCACGUUUGCACCACAGAGUGGACAGAGGAACACUGUGUAACAGCGCCUGCAUUCCCGUUAGGAGAACAUCAGAAGAGGAAACAUGGGUUAUGGAAACAUCAUGGGGGUUGAAACUACUGGUGCCUCGUGGCAAACAGCUCAGCAGGACAGGCUGGGAUACUCAGGUGUGGAGGCAUCACACACCAUGGCAGAAACUGAUAAAGGCAGAAUUCAAAAGUACAGGUCUAAAAUCAACACGGUGGGAGGUAAAUAUGGAAUCGAUCCAGCUCUCAUUGCUGCCAUCAUCUCCAGAGAAUCCAGGGCUGGAAAUACACUAGAUAAUGGCUGGGGAGACCAUCAUAAUGCCUGGGGACUGAUGCAGGUGGAUGUUAAUCCAAAUGGAGGUGGACACACUGCACGGGGCGCCUGGGACAGUGAGGAACAUCUCUGCCAAGCCACUGAAAUCUUGGUUUAUUUUAUCGGCCGCAUCCGCAACAAAUUCCCGGGCUGGAGCACGGAGCAGACGCUAAAAGGAGGGAUAGCAGCCUACAAUAUGGGGGAUGGAAACGUCCAUUCCUAUGAUAACGUGGAUGGCUGCACAACAGGUGGAGACUACUCCAAUGAUGUUGUUGCCAGAGCUCAGUGGUACAAAAAAAACGGAGGCUUUUAAAACUUGAAGAAUCUACAACAGAAAUCUCUGAAAAAUCAUAAAGGAAAUGUAAUGUGUGGUGGUAUGUAAAUAUAUACACAAGUAAAACCACAAAGGGUAUUUCUAUUUAUUGG